GGGGGCGCGCUGCCUAACGGAAGAGGGGCUCCUAAUCAAAGCGCACCGGGGCCGUUCAUUCUCCACCGGAGGGCGAGUGGUACAGGAGCACCGGGACACUCCGGCCGGCGGGAGACGGGACAGCAGCGGCUGGAGGCUCCGCAAAGCGCGACCCGGACUCCGCUUAGCAUCACCUCGUUCCGCCCUUCGGAUUAAAGCCGUCCUCGCUAACACCGGAAUCACGCUAAGAGAUGAACCUUUCCCGCUGAACAUUAUUGAUGCUGAACUGAGUGGACCAGUGCUAUCUUCCAGCGUUUCCCCUCCCCUCAGUAUUCUGCCCCUCUGUCUGUCACCUGGGUUGUGAGCAGCCAUGACAAAGUCCUACGAAUUCAACUGGCAGAAGCACCUGCCUGAGUUCAUGCAGGAAGGCGUCUACUUUGACAGGUUUGAUGAGGAUCCAUAUAUCUUUGAGCCCAACUGUCAGAUGAGGGUGGACGAAUAUGGCUUUUUCAUCACCUGGAAGAGUGAGGGAAAGGAAGGCCAGGUUCUUGAGUGUUCCCUCAUCAACAGCAUUCGUGUCGGUGGUGUCCCCAGGGACCCAAAGAUCUUGUCGUCAUUUGAGGCCAUUGGAAAGACAGAGGCGGACCUUGAGGGAUGCAUCAUCUGCAUCUGCAGUGGCACAGACCUGGUCAACCUCAGCUUCAUGUUUAUGGUGGCAGAGAGCCCUGACACAGCCAGGAAGUGGAUCGAAGGUUUGAGGUCAGUGAUCCACAACUUUAAGGCCAACAACGUGUGUCCGAUGACGUGCCUGAAAAAGCAUUGGAUGAGAAUGUGUUUUCUAACCAACGUCAAUGGGAAGAUUCCUGUGAGAGGCAUUACACGCACAUUUGCAUCGGGGAAGACAGAGAAGGGCAUCUUCCAGGCUCUGAAGGAUCUUGGCCUUCCUAGUGGAAAGAAUGACGAGAUUGAACCAUCAGACUUCACCUUUGACAUUUUCUACGCACUUACACAGAAGAUCUGCCCUCGCACAGAUAUAGAGGAACUCUUCAAGAAAAUCAAUGGGAGCAAAACUGAUUAUUUAACUGUAGACCAGUUAGUCAGCUUUCUCAAUGAAAACCAACGCGACCCAAGGUUAAAUGAGAUUCUGUUUCCAUUCUACGAUCCCAAGAGGGCCAUGCAGAUUAUUGAAAAAUAUGAAAGAGAUGAAGAGCUAAAGAAGAAAGGUCAUAUGUCCAGUGAUGGAUUUUGUCGGUACCUAAUGUCAGACGAGAAUGCUCCAGUGUUCUUGGACCGAUUGGAGCUGUACCAAGACAUGGACCAAUCGCUGGCCCACUACUUCAUCAGCUCGUCCCACAACACUUACCUGACAGGCAGACAGUUUGGAGGGAAGUCAUCAGUCGAGAUGUACCGCCAGGUCCUGCUGUCUGGAUGCAGAUGUGUGGAGCUUGACUGCUGGGAUGGAAAAGGAGAGGACCAGGAACCCAUCAUUACUCAUGGCAAGGCCAUGUGCACUGACAUUCUUUUCAAGGAUGUCAUCCAAGCCAUCAAGGAGACUGCAUUUGUUACAUCAGAUUAUCCUGUUAUUUUGUCCUUUGAAAACCACUGCAGUAAACCACAGCAAUACAAGAUGGCCAAGUACUGUGAGGAAAUUUUCGGAGACUUUCUCCUCAAACUGUCUCUCGAAAACUACCCACUGGAACCUGGGCGCCCCUUACCCUCUCCAAAUGAGCUCAAGAGGAAAAUUCUCAUUAAAAACAAACGAUUGAAACCUGAAGUUGAGCAGAAGCAGCUUGAGGCCUUCAAGAAGCACAUGGAAGCAGGAGAGACCAACACAUCUGCCAUAAUUUUGGGAGAGGAGAAUGAAGAUGACACAGAAAACGGAAUAAUUGAAAAAGAAGCUGAGGAUAAGGAUUUGAAUUCAGAGGCCCCCAGCAUUCUAUCAGAGGUAACCAGUGACAAAGAGUCCAACAGCAUUUCCCAGAGUAAUGCAGUCGGCUCAGGGAAAGAGGAAGAACGAAGCAACAGUAUCAAGAAGGUACCUGAUGAUGAAGUGACAGAGAUUUCUGAAGCAACAGAUGCCACCGAUAUCUCUGAGGCUUCAGACCAAGACGGUAACAAGAAGGGUGGGGAUGUGGCAGAGGACUCUGAGGAGGCCCUGAUAGCUCAAUACACCUAUGUGGGAGCCACCACAAACAUUCACCCAUUUCUCUCCGCCAUGGUCAACUAUGCACAGCCAGUCAAGUUUCAGAGUUUUGAUGUGGCAGAGGAGAGGAAUAUCCACUACAACAUGUCCUCUUUUAAUGAGUCGGUUGGUCUGGGUUAUCUGAAGACUAAUGCCAUAGAGUUCGUCAACUACAACAAGCGUCAGAUGAGCCGUAUCUACCCCAAAGGAGGUCGGGUGGACUCCAGUAAUUACAUGCCUCAGAUCUUCUGGAACGCAGGCUGCCAGAUGGUCUCACUCAACUUUCAGACCCCAGAUCUGGCCAUGCAGUUGAACCAGGGAAAGUUUGAGUACAACGGCUCGUGUGGGUACCUGCUGAAACCAGACUUUAUGCGGCGGUCAGACAGGAUGUUCGACCCUUUCUCAGAGACGCCGGUGGAUGGCGUCAUCGCGGCACACUGCAGCGUACAGGUGUUCUCUGGACAAUUUUUAUCGGAUAAGAAAAUUGGCACCUAUGUUGAGGUCGACAUGUACGGGCUGCCCACUGACACCAUCAGGAAAGAGUUCCGCACGCGUAUGGUGAUGAACAAUGGGCUCAACCCAGCUUACAACGAGGAGCCCUUUGUUUUCAGAAAGGUAAUCUUACCGGAUCUGGCAGUGCUGCGCAUCGCAGUUUAUGACGACAACAACAAACUUAUUGGGCAGCGCAUCCUGCCUCUGGAUGGCCUGCAGGCUGGCUACCGUCACAUCUCCCUGAGGAACGAAGGCAACAAGCCUCUGUCAUUGCCCACAAUCUUCUGCCAAAUCAUCCUCAAGACCUACGUGCCCGACGGCUUUGGAGCCAUUGUGGAUGCGCUGUCAGAUCCAAAGAAAUUUCUAACCAUAGCAGAAAAGAGAGCCGACCAGAUGAAGGCCCUGGGGAUCGACACAAACGACAUAGCAGAUGUUCCCAGUGGAAGCUCAAAGAAUGACAAGAAGGGAAAGGGCAAAGGAGACACGGUGAAGGCCAGUGUGACACCACAAGCCAGUUCUGACCUGGCACAGACCUCCAACUCUGCCCAAAACAACACAACUGAAACCAAGAAAGAUGCUGCGCUUGUGCCUCAUGUGAGCAUUGAUGACUUGAAGCAAAUGAAGACCUACCUUAAACUGAUUAAAAAACAACAGAAGGAGCUAAACACUUUAAAGAAGAAACACUCAAAGGAUCAAAAUAUAAUGCAAAAAGCACAGUGCACUCAGGUGGAUAAGAUGGUGUCGCAGCACGAUAAAGAGAAGACAAAUCUGGAGAAACUGCUUGAGAAAGCUAUCAAGAAACGGGGUGAGAACAACUGCCAAGAGCUGAAGAAGGAGACAGAAGAUAAGAUCCAAACACUAGUCACUGAUCAUAAAACAAAGGUGAAGGACAUCACAGCACAGCACACCAAAGAGUGGUCAGAGCUGAUCAGUAGUCACAGCAGUGAGGAGCAGGAGAUGAAGGACGUUCAUGUCACACAGCAGUGUGAGCACCUUAAGAAGCUCAUGGCCACUGUUCAGGAGCAGCAGACCAUGCAGCUCAAACUUAUUCAUGAAAGGCAAAGCAAAGAGAUGCGUGCAAACCAGGCCAAGAUGUCAAUGGAAAACAGUAAAGCCAUCAGCCAAGACAAGUCCAUCAAAAACAAAGCAGAGCGAGAGAGGAGAGUAAGAGAGCUAAACAGCAGCAACACAAAGAAGUUCUUGGAUGAGAGGAAGAGGCUGGCAAUGAAGCAUCAGAAGGAGAUGGAGCAGCUGGAGAAAAACCAGAGAGAACAGUUGGAAAAACUAGAGAAAUUCAAUGAGCAGCUUUUGAAAUCACAUCAUGCAAACAAACAGGUUCAAGGCCAAGGACAUACAACAGAUGGUGAAGUUGGAGGAGGAGAUGGACCGCAGACCUGCCACAGUGGUGUGAGCGACUGAGACGAGGCACGAGCAAGCGCACACCUUCACAAGUGUUCACAUAGACAGUCGCAGAAACACUCCAUCACAGAGAACCCCCUGCAGUCCACAGAGGAAAAACCCUGCUUCUAUCACUGUUUGACUUAGAUUUGUUUCAUGUUAAGUCACAAACUCACUGUAGCCCUCCCCACCUCUUACACUAGACAUCUUGGCCUCUGCACCACCUUCUAACUUUGUACCACUGAGCCAUCCCUGCUUGUUGCUGUCUGACAGCUUAGUCACUUAUCAAGUCAAGAAAAGUUACCUCACAGUAUCAGACACAUCUGCUUCUCGUGUACGUAGAUCUGAGCUUUCAUCUUCAACAUUGUCUGAAUUCUACAGACAACAAAAGCUUCAACUGUUGGUGGGUACAAGCAUACACAUAUAUUCAUUAUGGUUGAAAUUAAGUUUUUAUCCCGUUUUUUUUUUAUCCUGGGUUUUUUUUUUUUUUUUAAACGGUUGGUAUUCAGUUAACUCACAGAAGCACCAUGUAAGAGAGGAGAAAAUGUAUAAGACUUAAAGUCAUUUAAACACAAAUUAAUAAACUUUGUAAAAUACACUACACACCAGUCCUGUCCUGAGCACUUUUUGUGAUAGGCUGUCAAAACAUGUGGAAAAUGUAGCGGUGCACUACUGUAGAUUCUCUGUUCUCAGUAAGAAUGUAUUUAUUAAACAAUAUAUAUAUAUAUAUAUAUAUACUGUUUGACAGAGUGGCAACCCCUCACCCAAUUUGUAUGUUUAUCAAAUUAAUUUUCCUUUUGAGUCAGAGUGCUGUAUAAGGGAUCAUAAGCAUUCCAUAUUCACUUUGAUUAUUGUGGCAAACGGGUCAGAUAAAUCAAACAGAUGAAGCGAUAGCUAUGUCUAUUUAGCAUGAUAGAACUAAUCCAACUUGUUUCCAAACGAUUCCAACAGCAGAAAUGUAUGGCCCUUUCAAUCAAGCUCUGACUGUGACUUGUAUGGAAUCAAAAGGUAAAGAUAUGAGUCACUAUAACUACAUUUUGGCCACUCUAAAUGUGUUUGAUGUAAUAAAAAUAUUGCUGAAACAAGAUGCUUUAUAUACUCAUCUAAAAUUGGAUGAAUUCAUUCAUAAGUUGGGCACUUAAAAUUGAAAAAAAGAGCCUAAUAUGUAACAAAAUUAAUCCGAAGUACUAACAGUCCACUCUUUUAACUGACUGGCUGACCUAAGUCUAACCCAUCAAGUCUUGCCAAUUAAUCCCUCAUAAGGUAUUAUGAGGUUAAGUGCUCCAUUAUUAGGCUCUUGACUGCACUUUAGCCACCUCAGCUUGGAUUGUCAUUGUUUCCCUGUUCAGCCUUGGUCAGCCCAGUAAUUAAGAGCAGAUUUGUAACAUAGAACGUGACAUGGUGCCACGCUCUGUUGCAGCAGGGAUUUCAGAGGUCUUCACUGUUAAAUGCUUAAAGGCUAGACAUUCUGCUGAGGUGCUGUUGUAUUGCCACUGUUGGACAAAAAGCCACUAAAAAAUGUGAAAUAUUAAUGAUGCAAAUCUUAAAAAUACCAAGUCAUGAUGUUAUUUAACCUGAAAAACAUGGAGAUUGAAGCACUUGUAGGUAUUUUGGCCUUUUUAAAGAUUCACUUUUCCUGUUUUAUUCCGAUGUAAUACAUGUGAAGGGUAAACAGGAUGUUCUUGUAUAUACUCUACUGGAAUGUAUGUAGUUUAAUUUCCUUGUUGACCAGCUGCAUUCUGUCAUUCAAGGGCUCGGGGAAAGAGAGGGUCUGGUGGAUGUUGGGCAAAGACAUUUAUCAAACACUGGGUUUUUAUGUUAAGUCAUUUGUUUGUGUUUCCCAGUCUGCCCUCGCUAUACCACACAACACAAUCUUAAGGUCUCACCACAUAUCUAGCGCAGAGAUAAAUGAGUAAAAGUGCUUUUAAAGUUUAUUCCAUCGCUUUCAGAUGUGCCACUCAGUGUCGUUAGGACGUUUAAAUUAUUUUAUGAAUGAUAAAAUGCCAAAAUUAAGGGGUUAUUUGUAUGAAGGUAUAAAUAUAUAUGAUAUAUAUUAGAUAAUGUUUAGUUUAAGAUUAUUAUGUUAGAAGCUUUUUUGCACUAGUUGAAUGUUUCUGUUGUGCAAUUACAUGUAACCCUUGGCUGGAGUUUGUUGAAAAAGCAGAUUAUUUUUGCAAAGCAGCAUCACUGAUUUAAUUUCCUCGGUUUCUACUGUAUCUCCUCUUUGUUUUCUAUUUGAAUUGUAGCUUGUCAACAGACAUUCUGUGCGUGUUUUUGUAUUUAUAUAUUGUACUGUUGAACUUAUAGCAAUGAAGAUACUGUUGUUAUCCAGCUCCUUUAAUACUGUUUUAUAGUAUGUGUAUCAAUAAAUCCAGGCAUAAAAUGGGA